UGACGCGGUAAGAGCGUCUUAGGAGCAACCCGGAAGUAGCGUGGUGUUUGCUGAUUGCAGGAUGUUCACAUUCAGCUUAACAUUCAUACGGCAUGGAGAAACGCAGUACAACAGAGAUAAACUUCUGCAAGGUCAAGGCGUGGACACUCCGUUGUCAGUGACAGGUGAGAGGCAGGGAGAGGCUGUGGGACAGUACCUUCAGGACAUCUCGUUCAGCAACGUGUUUGUAAGCAAUCUGCAACGCGCUGUACAGACUGCUGAACUCAUUCUAAGGAAUAAUACUCGCUGUUCUGGUACCAAGAUGAUUUUGGAGCCUUUACUCAGAGAAAGGAGUUUUGGCAUUGUUGAGGGACGUCCCAAGGAGAGCCUAAAGAACAUGGCCAAUGCUGCUGGACAGUCAUGUCGGGACUACACUCCUCCUGGAGGGGAGACCUUAGACCAGGUGAAAACGCGUUUCAAAAAAUUCCUUUCAUUUCUUUUCAACCAACUUCUGGAGUCCCAUGACUGGUCAGGACAGGAUGCUGCUGCAACAUUAAAGGAUGGAGGCGCCCCAGACAGCACCCCCUGUGGAUUUGCCAAUGAUGGGCUUGAUGGGGUCCCUGUCCAUGUUUUAGUGGUGAGCCAUGGAGCUUAUAUACGUAUAGCCAUUAAACACAUGGUUGAGGACCUGAAGUGCUCUCUGCCCGAAGGGGCAAAAAUGUCCCAAGUCUUCUCACCGUGUCCAAACACAGGAAUAAGCCGCUUCAUUAUCACCCUGCAGCGCUCUGACUCUGGGCCAGUGCUCUCUGCUGCUCGGUGUGUUUUUGUCAACAGACAUGAUCACCUGCUAAACCUGGAAGCUGUCGAGUAAAACAUUAGUGCAGUACCUGGUGUGUACAUCACAUGCGUACACAAGCACACAUCCUCAAACAAAGGGAAUUAUGGAUCACUAUAGAACUAUAGCCUAUGGACCAUAAACAGGGUAUUGUAUUUGUCUCAUCAACUCAUUUGACAAAUCUGCAAAUACAACACUUUGAGACAAUGUACAUGCACAAAUCUGGCUAGUGAGUGUUUCUCUUGUUUAUUUUUCAACAUCAACCAAAGUAAAAUUAUUUAUUGUUUCACUAAAUGUUUAAAGUGCAAUACAUUUGAAAUCAUGGUGCAGCUGCCUGUGCAAUACUGUAUGUUUAAUUUUUAUUGUUUGAGAAAAUGGUUUACACUGUAGUUUAAAUAAAUUAUAAAUAAAUAUUUUUUCUAUGUUUCAUUGUUGUUAAAGCCAAUAUAUUUUAUUACAGUUUUGGUCAGUAUGUGAAACCAAACACAGUUUGCCAUUAAACAAACUGUUGCAUGG